UAACAUGAUCGCCAUCUUGUUGAGUGCGAGAGGAUGUCGUCAAUCCCGUUUAUUUUACUUACUUAGUGAAUAAAUUGAUACGACGAUACAGCCUACAGCCGUAGUGCGGUAACUCGCGACGUUUCGCCGAAAUGACGCAGUUUCUACCGCCGAAUUUGCUCGCGUUGUUCUCGCCGCGCGAGCCGAUUCCGUAUUUGCCACCCGCGAGCAAAUUGCCGCAUGAGAAGAAGAACGGUGGCUACGCCGGCGUCGGGUCCUUUUUGAAGUGUUUCGAGGAUCCUAAGGAUACUCCGCCACCUCUGCGUGUAGAGACGCGAGAAGAACGUCUCGAGCGUAGACGUAGAGAACGUGCGGAGCAAGUUGCGUAUAAACUUGAACAAGAAAUUGCAGUAUGGGAUCCAGCUGGAAUUUCCAAUGUUACAGCAGAUCCCUUUAAGACUCUUUUUGUAGCUCGAAUUAAUUACGACACAUCAGAAUCCAAACUGAGAAGAGAAUUUGAAGUAUAUGGACCGGUAAAAAAGAUUGUGGUAACACAUAAUACAAUUAAUGGCAAGCCUAGGGGAUAUGCUUUCAUUGAGUAUGAGCAUGAAAGAGAUAUGCACUCGUGGUGGCCGCUGCCGGCAACUAGUGCCGUUCACUAUUCCAUGCAAUCCCUGAACCUGCCUGAUAAGAUAGCUGCAUAUAAACAUGCGGAUGGUAAGAAAAUUGACGGCCGCAGAGUAUUAGUGGAUGUCGAGCGGGCGAGAACGGUGAAGGGCUGGCUGCCAAGGAGACUCGGCGGCGGCUUAGGGGGGACUCGUAGAGGUGGUCCCGAUGUCAACAUCAAGCAUUCAGGGCGGGAAGAUAACGAGAGGGAACGGGAGCGAUAUCGUUUGGAACGUGAGAGAGAAACCUCGGGACGUGGCCUGGACAGAGACAGGGAUCGCGACCGUUUGGAUAGGGAACGUCGCAGAUCGCGCGAUCGUAAGCGAAGGACUCGGAGCAGAUCGCGUGAACGCAGACGCAGGCGAAGUCGCGAUCGAUUGCCGGAUCCCGAUAUCGAAGAGAUCGAACGCCCGCGCGACAGAAGAGAUCGUGAUCGAAACGAACGCGAUCGGGAUCGCAAGAGGCGACGGUCGCGAAGCAACGAUCGCGAGCGCGAUAGGGAUCGUAAGCGGGACAAGCGGGACAGGGAUCGCGAACGCAGGGACAGAAAGGACCGCGGCGAUCGUCAGGACGAGGAUACGAAAGAGAUCCGUAUCAAAGAAGAACCGUUGGACGAUUAUCCAGACUACAGCAAUACAUUUGCGACGUCCGGUUCAUACUUCACCGCGGUCAAGUACGAAGAUGAUAACGAUCAGGAAGUGGAGGAGAAAUACCGGAUUCCAGAGGGUCGUCCCGAUCCACCUCCGUAUAACAAUUACGAUUCCGUACAAGAUUAUUGAUCUCGACCAGUGCAUAUUUCUAUCGUAUCCCUUUUUUCACAGUAAGCCACCAUCGCUUUAUUUUAUCGUUGCAUUGUCUCUACUGCUAGCACAAUACUGGCGAAUUAGUUCUUUCAAGAGCGAAUCAAGUAUUGAACGCUCUUCAAUUAUAUAAAGUAUUUGGUCAACUGCUAUGAAUGUCGCAAAAGAAUUACAUAUGUUCUGUAAAGUGUUUAAUUUCUAUAGAACUUCCGAAAUAAAUAAAAAACGAAAUAAUUUAUAUUAAAUAGUAGAAAAAAUACGAAUUUACAUUUAGUAAAUUUAAAUUUUGACAUAAAAAAAUCGUUGAAAAAAAUUUGAAUAUAUUACUGCAUAGCAAUAUGCAUCGCAUGAUAUAAAAAAUAACUGGUAAAUAAUGUACAAAUCGCUUUAUCGUCUCUAAAAAGUGAAUGACAUUGAUUGAACUAUUAUAGGGAAAUCACGAGAAUGAAUUAUAUAUAUAGAUGCAAUCAUUUAUGCAGAUUUAAAGUACUCUCUGUCUUUCUUUCUUUCUCUUUUUCUUCCUAUCAUUGAUAAGAUUGUAUUCACAAAAAUCUUUGACAUUCUUUUUAAUGAAUUAAAGAAUAAUUAAUAGAUUGUAGCAGAUCAUGCGAAGCCUCGCGGUAUCAAAAGCACGAACUCAUAAUUGAUUGAAUACUACGGUGUUCAACAAAACAUGUAAUUUAAGUAUCGGUCGUCUAACAUGUAUACGUAACCGCCGCGCGCGCAAAACACAAAAAACUUAUGACUGCUACAUGUAUAUUUAUAUGUCGAGUAAAAUAAAAUAUGAAAUUAACUUGUUACACGA